UGGGGGGGGGUCUGGGAAGUCCACGCGACACUUUUUGCCUGCCCUCAGGACGCCCAGGAGAAGAAGGCAAGAAGCUGACAGUGUUGUUUUCCGUUUCCCCCCCUUGCGAUCGCUUUCGGCGGCGGGGUGGGGGUUGCAUUCUGCUUUAUUUUGCUGGUCUCGCCUUCCUCUGCGGAGGUCAUGAUGGUGCAUUGUGCAGGCUGCGAGCGGCCCAUCCUGGACAGGUUUCUGCUGAACGUGUUGGACAGGGCAUGGCACAUUAAAUGUGUCCAGUGCUGCGAAUGCAAGUGCAACCUGACGGAGAAAUGCUUCUCCAGGGAAGGCAAGCUUUAUUGCAAAAAUGACUUUUUCAGGCGGUUCGGUACCAAAUGCGCAGGCUGCUCCCAAGGCAUCUCUCCAAGCGACCUCGUCAGGAAAGCCCGAAACAAAGUCUUUCACCUGAACUGUUUCACGUGCAUGGUUUGCAACAAACAGCUCUCCACCGGAGAGGAACUUUAUAUCAUAGACGAAAACAAAUUUGUUUGCAAAGAGGACUAUUUGAACUCGCCCAGCCUAAAGGAAGGGAGCCUCAACUCAGUGUCCUCCUGUACAGACAGAAGUUUGUCCCCGGAUCUUCAGGACCCCAUGCAGGAUGAUACAAAGGAAACAGACAACUCCACCUCCUCGGACAAAGAGACCACCAACAACGAGAACGAGGAACAGAACUCGGGCACCAAGAGGAGGGGACCUCGGACUACAAUUAAAGCCAAGCAACUGGAGACUCUCAAGGCUGCCUUUGCUGCUACCCCCAAACCUACCAGGCACAUCCGGGAACAGCUGGCCCAGGAGACAGGGCUCAACAUGAGAGUGAUCCAGGUUUGGUUCCAGAAUCGAAGGUCCAAAGAGAGGAGAAUGAAACAGCUGAGCGCGCUGGGGGCCAGGAGGCAUGCCUUCUUCAGGAGUCCUCGGCGCAUGCGCCCUCUGGGAGGCAGGCUGGAUGAAUCUGAAAUGUUGGGUUCUACCCCUUACUCUUAUUACGGAGAUUACCAAGGAGACUACUACGGGCCAGGCGGGAACUACGAUUUUUUCCCCCACGGGCCCCCCUCGCAAGCCCAGUCCCCAGCAGACUCCAGCUACCUUCCAACCUCAGGGCCCGGCUCCACGCCCCUGGGGCCCCUGGAGCCCCCGCUCCCCGGACACCACUCCUCCGAAAACCAAAGGUACACCGACAUGAUCUCGCACCCUGACACCCCGAGCCCCGAGCCGGGCCUGACCGGCUCGCUGCACCCCAUUCCCGGCGAGGUCUUCAGCGGCGGCCCCAGCCCCCCUUUCUCCAUGUCCAGCAACAGCGGGUACAGCGGCCCCCUCUCGCAUCCAAACCAGGAGCUGAACGAGGCAGCGGUGUGGUAGGGCUGACCCAGCCAGAGGGUGUGGGGGUGCUGGGGACCCCCGGCUCCCUCUGUCCCAGGCAGAUCCAGCCUCCUCGUCCCAGCUCCGGCUAAGACACCAGGAACCAAAACCGGCCGCCUGACACUGAUGCCAAAAUUCUCCGGAGUCCCACCCCCACCCCAAGCCACAGGACACAGGCUGCGGGGGGUCCCCGCACUCAGUGUCUUUUUUCCUCGCCACGUGUGAGCAGGCACGGCUGCCGAAACGUGCCAAUGCUGACUAACCUCUGCAAGGAUCUGAAGCAGCAUCUCUUGGACCAAAGCUGAACUGGACUGGAUCACAGAUUUCCUGAUUGACUGGACUGCCUACUUUUCGGGGGCGGGGGGGCUUUUCUUUCUUUCUUUCUUUCUUUCUUUCUUUCUUUCUUUCUUUCUUUCUUUCUUUCUUCAAUCCAGAAUUGCAUCUUUUUAAUCUUAAUCUGGAAAGGGGGGAACCCCCUCAUAAUCCACUUUUUUUUUAAUUAGAAGGUUCGUUUUGUGGUGAUGGAGGUGGGAAUGGGAAUUGGUGUGUCUUGCAAAAGAAAACCUUCACUGAUGACAAGGCGACCCCUCGUGGUUAGUUCUGGUUUAGCUUUCCAGGACUGUGGAACUUUAAUGUUUGGAGAAUCUUGGGGUUUGUUUUGUUUUCCACUGGGCAGAAAUAUAACUAAAACUACCACUAAAAAAGCGAUCCAAGUCCGAAUGUCUCUGGCAAACACCACUUCAAACCCAAAAGUUUAUUGGAGGCCACACGGAUUGAAGGAUGUAUUAUAGUUUUUGCUUCUAGUUUCUUUAUUUUGUAUAAAGAAGAAACAAAUAAAGUAUGUUUUUGUGUUUA